AUGAACAUCAUUUUAGAAACAAUUGAACGAUACCGCAGUCAUACCAGGAUUAAUACUCCAACAACAUCUGAAUCACUUGAAUAUACUCAGCGUUUGAAGGAAGAAGCAGAAAACAUGAUGAAAAAGAUUGAUCUUCUCGAGACUUCAAAACGAUAUUUUUUAGGAGAAGGUUUAGGGACUAGUUCCAUUGAUGAACUACAAAGGAUAGAGCAACAGUUGGAGAACAGUAUAACCAAUAUUCGAGUUAAAAAGAACGAGGUUUUCAGAGAACAAAUUGAACAGCUAACAGAAAAGGAAAAAACCCUAGUUGCUGAAAAUACCAGGCUCUCUAAGAAGUAUGAUAGUUAUUCAUCACAGCAAGCAAAAGAUGAUGAUAGAGAAAAUGCAGAUCAAAGUAGUCCAAUUUCAGAUGUAGAGACUGAGUUAUUCAUUGGUCAUCGAGAAACAAGAACAAGGCGCAUUUCUCCGAAAUUGAGGACUAAUUAA